AACUGUAAAUUUUAUGGUGUGCGCCUACCGAAACAUAUGAGGAUAUGGAUAUAUACAUUGCCAAAACUCGAUAUCACCAUCUUAAGAUACAGUAGUAGAAACAUAUUAAAGGAUGCCUAAAUUGGAAGAGUGGGAAAUCAAGAAAUAUUGGGAAAUUUUCCAAGGUUUGAAACCAUCGGGAAAUAAAUUGACCGGUGAACAGGUAUCACCAGUUUUAAAGAAUAGUCGAUUAUCAAAUGAACAAUUAUCAAAAGUUUGGGAAUUGAGUGAUAUAGAUAGUGAUGGUAAAUUAGAUUUCGAAGAAUUUUGUAUUACUAUGAGAAUCAUUUUUGAUUUCAUAAAUGGAAAUAUUACUUCUAUACCUUCUGAAUUACCUGAUUGGUUAAUACCUUCAAGUAAAUCUCAUUUGAUUGCGGCUAAUAAGGCUAUUAAUUCUAAUAAGAAUUUAGGAAUUGAUUAUGACGAUGAUGAUGAUGAUGAUAAAUUGAGUGAUGAUUUUGAUUGGUAUAUUAGUCCUACGGAUAAAUCAACUUAUGAAACAAUAUAUAAUUCUAAUAGUGAUUCAUAUGGACGAGUUAAAUUUGAUUCAUUAAAUUCAUUAUAUGCUAGUUUAAGUAAAGUUCCUCGAGCUGAUAUAUCUAGUGCUUGGAACCUUGUUAAUCCUAAAUCAUUUAAAACUAUUGAUAAAGAUCAAGUAUUAGUAUUUCUUCAUAUUUUGAAUCAACGAGAAAAUGGUAAAAGAAUUCCAAGAGGUGUUCCUGCUACUUUAAGAGCUACAUUUUCAAAGGAAGUACCAAACUAUGAUAUUCAAUCUAAGCCACCUCAAGUUGUAAGUAAUGGAACUUAUGAUCAAAGCAGAGCAUCCAAGAAAUCAUUUGCUAGUGAUUACUUAACUAAAAUAACCGGUAGUAGUUCAAAUAAUAUUACAGGAACUGAUUUCUCAUCAACUGAAGGAACAGAUUGGGAAGAGGUUAGAUUAAGAAGAGAGUUAACUGAUUUAGAGAACUUAUUGAAUAAAGUAUCUGAUAAUUCCAAAACUGAGUCAAGCAAUAAUGAAUUAAGUAUUGUGAAACAUGAAUAUGAACAAUUAUUGAAGUAUAAACAAGCAAAGUUGACUUCAUCAGGAUCGUCUAGUUCAACCACUGCCACGGGAAAGAAUUUGAGUGAUAUUAAGAGUGAUAUAGAUUUAAUUGAGUCCCAUGUGUCUACUUUAGAAGAAUAUCUUUCUGGAAAACAGGCUGAAUUAGCCAAAUUACAAGAACAAAUCAAGGAGUUAAAAUGA